UCGUUAACUGUAGACUUAUGCGUUUAACUUCCCAUGGAAUUUGACUUACUGAUCCAUAGUAUGAUUUGAUUGGUUAAUCGUCCCAGCACACUUGUCGCAUUGACCAAUCAAAGAGAACCAUACUCUCUAUUUUAGGCACGAUGUACAAAAUGGCAGUCAGUAUAAAAACACAACUGGUCGGGGGCAAACCGCUCAAAAGUUUUCUGAGAAAAUGCAUAUCUGUAUCGUCUGUUGCUGUCAACAACCACCUGGACCAUGCCAUUACCUUAUUGUUGAUCGUUUGCGUUAAUUUAAAGACUUUUGCUCCUCGAUUUGAUACUUUUGACACCACUUUCUUUCCUGAAAUUGGGGUAACCCCAUACCGCGUGUUGAACGGGGGUGCAUCCAAGAAGUUCCGUUUUCUUGCAUCCGUAUUGUGUCAGUCGAGUUUCUUGACUCAAUGUGCUCCAGGACUGACUUAUGACCCAGUUUAGCGUUCCAAGCGAUUGUCACUUUUCAAGAUAAGUGAUUCUGGCGAGCCAUAUGUGAAAAAUUUGGUAUGGUGUUUACAUACUGACGAAUAGAUGAACCGUCCAAAAUGUCGACAAGAUUAGAUAGACUGUUUCUUCUUCUCGACACCGGCUCCACGCCCCUAAUUAGGAAGUCAGCCGCUGAACAACUCGGGGAAGUUCAAAAACUCCAUCCAUAUGAACUUAAUAACCUCCUGUCCAAGGUACAUGGCUACCUGCGGAGUCCGAGCUGGGAGACGAGGAUUGCCGCGGGACAAGCUGUGGAAGCUAUUGCCCGAAAUGUCCCCAAGUGGGAGGCCAAGCUGGCCCUUAAACAAGAGCCGAAUGUGGACGCCAGCUGUACACAGUCUCCGGGACAGCUAUUAUUCGCUCAAUUCGAUCUCAACAAAGUCCUCAACUAUGGCGCAUCCUUGGUGGGGUCAGAGGAGAAAGUGUAUGAGGUGGACAACGGAACAUCCCAACUGACAGACAAGGACCAGUUGACGAGACAGAGACAGAUGCUGAACAAGAGACUCGGCCUGGAUGUGGCUGGAAAUCUCGGUCUCGGAAUCGGUUCCGAUAUCUUCACCGAUGAUGACCUGAUUAUGGGUAUCAAAUCCAGCAACGGCAUUCGCACGGAGGACCAGAAAUCCGUGUCUGAUAUUGUAAAACAACAACUGCUGCUGGUGACGGGAGGGAUGAGUGCUCGGGAGAAAAACCGGGUCAAGAGGAAGGCCAAAAUAUUGGCUAAGCAAAGAUCUAAAGAGUGCCAAAGUGAACAAAUGACCCUGGAGACGGAGCCCCCCUGUAAAAAGGCCAAGUCCCGGAAUGACCUUGACCUUGGCAGUGACGGAAAACUUGUGAUGGAGAGUUCGACAGACAACACUCUAAACAUGGAGGAGGUGGAGGAGUGGCCGUUUGAGACGUUCUGUGAGCUCCUAAUGAACGACUUGUUUCAGAGUACCUGGGAAAGUCGUCACGGUGCUGCGACUGGACUACGAGAAGUAAUCAAACUUCACGGUCAGUCGGCCGGCAUGUCUGUGGACACUCCUGUUGACCAGGUGAAGGCCAUUAACCAGGUGUGGCUGUCGGACCUGGCGCUGAGACUGGUGUGUGUGAUUGCCCUCGACAGAUUUGGGGACUACGUGUCAGAUGAGGUGGUUGCCCCGGUGAGGGAGACCUGUGCCCAGACCCUGGGGGUGGUGGUGCGAUGUCUGGAGCCCUGGGGGGUGGAAGGUGUCGUCCACAUCCUGCUCCAGCUGCUGGCACAGAGGCAGUGGGAGGUGCGACAUGGUGGAUUACUGGGCUUCAAGUACCUCCUGGCCAUCAGAAAGGAUAUGACGGACAGACUGUUGCCAGCCACCCUACCAUGCCUAUUCCAGGGCCUACAGGACGUCAGUGACGACGUGCGUGCCGUGGCGGCGGCUGCUCUGGUCCCAGUGGCCGACAGUGUCGUGUCUCUGCUACCGGGUCAGGUGCCCCUGAUCGUGGCCAGCCUGUGGCAGACAUUACUAGACUUAGACGAUCUGACAUCCUCAACCAACAGUAUCAUGACACUCCUGUCGACCAUCAUGGCUCAUCCCCGGGCCUCUGUACUAGACUGGCUGUCGACACCUUUGACUGAGCUUGUCCCACGACUCUGGCCAUUCCUGCGACAUAACAUCCCGUCUGUGAGAAAAUCUGCUCUACAAACUUUCAGUACUUUACUUGACAUAGAAAGUACCCAGCAUCCUACAAACGCCUGGCUGCCACUGAUCCUCCAGGACGCAUUGCGACACCUCGUACAGCGCAGUCUUCUCGAGGAUCGUCAGGACGUCCUAGUCUCCGUAGGAGAAGUGUGGUCAAAACUGCUUUCCAAGACACCGAUAGAUCAUCUCAUCGCCAUGGCGACUCCCUGGCUAGGUGUAUGGCUGUCGUUAUGUAUGCAGCCUUCCAAAGUUCCGUUCGAGCCAACGUACUUGAUCAAGGCAAAGCAUCGAGGCCGGUUGGACGUCGCCCCUGGACGACAGAGAGUGAGUGGCGGGCAGGUACAAGAGAAAGAUCAACAAGACUACAUCGCCAGUACCGGCACGCUCAACAGUGACGUCAGUGAACGGGACACAGCCGUGAUGAAAGCCAGGAUGCAUACGUCAAGAUUGCUGGGAAUACUGUGUAGCUACGUUACAAGAGAGGUGCCAAACUUUCCACCGGAGGCAGAGAAACCUGUUCACUCCCUCUGUAAACUUUUCCACUUCCACUUGAACAAUAAGUCCGCUAUCCAGCGCUUCAUUGUUGGACAAGUUCUCUACUACUGGGCCUCUGUGCAGCAGAACUGUCCGUGUACAACGGAGACCAAAUCCAAACUACUGGAGUGCCUUAACGAAGCUAUCUACUUCGACGAAAUUGCCGCAUCUUUCACUCACAUGCAGUCUGACUGUCAGAACUUCAUAGCUGGACUCAAACAACAAGGUAUUGACAUGGAUCCCAUCAUCCCUCCGGGGAGUAUCCUAUCUGUGGAGCAGGCCUCGGCACUGACCACUACAGUGUAUGACCAGGUCAAAACCACACUCAAACCCAACGCUCUCCAGACGUUUGAGGACCGGAGGAAACAGCUACGCUCCAUCGUAGAACAGACAGCUCAAGAACUACAAACCUUAACCGUCAGGGUACAAGUUAGCCUAGCUAAGGCUGUGGUGAUGUUGGAUAUUCUUCCUGAUAAACUAAACCCUGUGGUACGGCCGCUGAUGGACUGUAUCAAAAAGGAGAGCAACAUCAACAUACAGAGAGAGGCAGGUGACUGUCUGUUAUUCCUCAUCCAGAAAUGUGUGGGGAGAAAUCCAAGUCCCAACAGUAAAGUGGUGAAGAACUUGUGUGGAUUCCUAUGUGGGGAUCCUAACUUUACCCCUAAAGUUCAGUCUCCAGCUCCUCCAACCACAGAAAGCACUCUAUCAAACGAAGUUCCGUGUAGUAAACACGCUGGAAUCCUAACACUGACAAAACAACAAAGAGUCCCUGAAACAGGAAGGAAAUGGUUACGGCGUACGCCCAGUGUUAAAGUGGACGUCGACAUUCCUGCUGACGUUACCCAAGACAACGCUGAGGUCCAGCGCCAGUGGAAGAUCCAGAGGCGGGGAGCUGACCUGUCCCUCAACGUAAUCACACGCCAGCUAGCAGACAAACUACCGAAUUCUGUACCCCAGUUCUGGGAGACUCUGUCUCAACCUCUAACUCAAGUACCCACAGGCGAAGAUGUAGAGUAUGAAUUAUCGGAGGAGGGAGCGGAGGAGCUUGUCCACAGUCUACAGGUGCUGGAGUGUGUGUGUGCCUCCUUGGAGUCUACCCUUGUCUCACAGAUUAUCGAAAAGCUGCCCAACCUACUGACCUGUCUCCAGUGUUCCUAUACGGCUGUCAGACACAUGGCUGCGCGAUGUGUCGGGGCACUCAGCAGGGUCGUAACAUCUGACCUGAUGACCUUUUGUGUGGAAAAAAUCAUCCCGUUCCUCGGAGCCUCGGACAAAGAGCCUCAGAGACAGGGAUCAGUGGAAGCUUUGUCACAUGUGAUAGAACAGAUGGGAGUGGACCUACUGCCCUACAUCGUAUUGCUAGUCGUCCCCAUCCUUGGCCGAAUGAGUGACCAGAACGAUGCUGUCCGUCUCCUGGCAACCAAUGGCUUCGCCUCCCUGAUCCGCCUCUUGCCCCUGGAGGCGAGUAUUCCUGACCCUCCGGAGAUGAACCCAAGACUUGUCGCCCAAAAAGAACGGCAGCGAAAAUUUUUAGAACAACUCAUGGAUGGUUCCAAAGUGGAAAGUUACCAAGUUUCAGUGCCAGUAGACGCAGACCUCCGCAAAUACCAACAGGAUGGUGUAAACUGGCUGGCGUUCCUGAACAAGUACUGUCUGCAUGGUAUCCUGUGUGAUGAUAUGGGGUUAGGGAAGACACUACAGUCCAUUUGUAUCCUGGCCAGUGACCACUUCCUCCGGGAACAAAAAUACAAGGAGAGUAAGAUCCCGGAUUGUGCCCCUUUGUCGUCAAUAGUGAUAUGUCCCCCGACACUGAUUGGCCACUGGGUUUACGAGGUGGAGAAGUUCGUGGACCAGCAGUAUUUAAAUCCUCUCAUGUAUGCGGGGCCCCCUAGUGAACGAGUCAGGCUUCAGAAGAGAGUGAAGAAACACAAUCUGAUCGUAGCCUCGUAUGAUGUCGUCCGCAACGACAUUGACUUCUUCAGUACUAUCAACUGGAACUACUGUAUCCUAGAUGAAGGCCAUAUCAUUAAAAAUGGCAAAACAAAGUUGUCGAAGGCAGUAAAGCAGCUCAACUGUAAUCACCGCCUGGUACUGACCGGAACACCCAUCCAGAACAAUGUGCUUGACCUGUGGUCACUGUUUGACUUCUUAAUGCCUGGCUUUCUCGGGACGGAGAAACAGUUCCAGGCGAGGUACGGCAAGCCCAUCCUCCAGAGUCGCGACGCUAAAAGUACGUCGAAGGAACAGGAAGCAGGAGCUUUAGCGAUGGAGUCCCUGCAUCGUCAGGUUCUGCCGUUCAUCCUACGCCGUCUGAAAGAGGACGUCCUGCAGGACCUACCUCCUAAGAUCAUACAGGAUUACUACUGUGAUCUCAGUCCCCUACAGGUGGAGCUGUACGAGGACUUCGCUAAGUCCCAGGCUAAGAAGGGUGUGGAAGACAUGGUCACGUCACUAAAGGUGGAAUCUCCGGAGAAGAAAGCGCCCGGUAAGGGCAGUACUCAUGUAUUCCAGGCGUUACAAUACCUGCGUAAAGUUUGUAACCACCCGUCGCUGGUGCUGACUCCGUCCCAUCCGAAGUACGAACAGAUCACGUCACAGCUCAAGAAACAGAACUCCAAUCUCAGGGACAUAUUGCACGCUCCGAAACUAAAUGCACUCAAACAACUGCUGCUGGACUGUGGGAUCGGUGUUGACCAGUCCAUGCCCGCCCCCGGUCAGCAGCAGGUGACCAGUAACCUGCCUGUGGUCAACCAGCAUCGGGUGCUGCUCUUCUGUCAACUCAAGGGCAUGCUGAACAUUGUUGAGAAAGAUCUGCUCAAAACACAUAUGCCUGGCGUCACUUAUCUCCGUCUUGAUGGAAGUAUUCCCGCAGGAUCACGACAUAACAUUGUCAACAGAUUUAACAAUGACCCGUCAAUAGACCUCCUCCUGUUGACCACCCAUGUAGGUGGCCUCGGCCUGAAUCUAACUGGUGCUGAUACUGUGAUAUUUGUGGAGCAUGACUGGAACCCCAUGAAGGACCUUCAGGCAAUGGACAGGGCACAUAGGAUCGGACAGAAGAAAGUUGUGAAUGUCUAUCGUCUGGUGACCCGUGGAACUUUGGAGGAGAAGAUUAUGGGGUUGCAGAAGUUCAAAAUGACCAUUGCCAACACUGUGAUCAGCCAGGAGAACUCCAGCCUACAGACUAUGGGCACAGACCAGUUGUUAGACCUCUUCUCUUUGGAUGACAAGAAGAAGGGUCAAAGUUCAACAGGAUCCAGCCAAUCAGAAGGUGUCUCUUCGAAAAAGGAAACAGUUUCCUCCAUGUUGGAGAACCUGGGUGAUCUUUGGGACGAGGAUCAGUAUAACUCGGAAUAUGACAUGAAAAACUUCCUUGAAUCCUUAGGAACAUAAGGAGGCACUUAUAAGAUGGAGGAGUUUAUUGUGAUCAAUAUGGAAUCCAGAUAUACGGGCUGAUCCAGUGGGGCCUCCAGAUAGUACCAACGGUAGAUAUACAGGCUGAUCCAGUGGGGCCUCCAGAUAGCACCAUCGGUUGCCCAUGUUUAUGUUGAUGAAGAAGUUUCAGAGAAAUUUUGGCAGUUGAACUCUUCACAAAAGAAGGUGUAUUUGUUACAUAAGGGGAUACAAUGUAAGGUCAGAACAUUGUCUGUUUACAAUCAUCUGACUGCAUUAAUCAUGUAAAGGGUACAUGCUAGUGUUUUAUAUUUGGGUCACUGAGAGGACAGAGAGGAGGAUAUAUGAAUGAUAGUUUCUGUUUGUGAAUUAAGAGUCAAUUCUUACUAUAUUUUACUGUAGUUAACCCCUAUUAGUUCAAAGUGCAGUUGCUACAAGUAUGAGGAUUAUAUCUGCGUGUAGGGUCAACUUCUGGUUAUAAGCUAGUCAGCAAAACUUUGCUGAUUGAUCAGGAGGAAAUGUUUUAAGCAUAAGAAAGCUUCGACAUCAAAUGUGUUGUUUUCUUCCCUUUAGACACCACAUAGAUCUGCCUUGAUACAAUGGGUUGGGGGGAUAGCCAAAGUUCUGAGUUGGUUCUCUUUAUUAUUUUAUUGAUAAAAACCCUGCAAUAAAAUGGGAUUUAAAAUUCACCCACACCACACAAAUUGUUGACAUAAUAUGAGAACAAGGAAAUAACUCCUAUUACAUGUACACAUUACUCCUAGUUACUACACACCCUGAAACGCGCUGGAAUUGUACACAUUCCUCUUAGUUACCACACACCCUGAAAUGCGCUGGUAAUGUACACAUUACUCUUCGU